GCCGCGCCCGCAGGGGAGGUGGCCGGGCUGCCUGCCUGCCUGCCCCGGGCUGCUCCGCACCUGGGUGCUGAGGGCGUACCGGGAGCGGUGUGAUCCCGAAGCGGGUGGCCUGGAGCGUCGCUCUCCGCCGGCGCCGUACCCUACGGAACCUCGCAGCACUACUUCAGGAGCCGCCGUAUCGUCGGGCAGCAACUGCUGUAAAUUUCCCCUUUUAAUGACAACUGCUUCAGAAAUACAGAUUUUGACUUGAAGAAAAAGCAGUUAAAAAAAGGAAGUGGUUCAACUCAACCUCAGUUGAGAGCAAGACGAAGGCUGCCAAAUAAAGCAUUUUCUCCAUAGCUUUGCAGACCUCCAUCUCUCCCAAAGUGCAAAGUGCUGCCUCUGACAAGCUCUUUCCUGGUGGUAUUUCUAAGUGCAUAUGCAGGAUGUUGACGAGACUAUCUCACACAAAAACCUUGAAAGACUGCAGUGGCUUUUUGCCAGUGAGAACUAAAGCAUGACUAUCAUCCAGGAAGUGAGUGGAUUUUUCCUUCCAUUUCCCUGAAAAACUUGCCAAAUUCCUGCAAAACGCAGAUUUUUUUUCUGAAGUUGUUGAAGCUCAUAUGAACAGAGAAGGAGGACCUUUUUUUUUUUUUAAGUCCUGCAAAGCUACCUGGUAUUUGAAAUGCUGAAGAGGAAAUUACGGUUUUGCCACAACUUGCGCUUUAAGCUUUUCUUGGGUCUAACUCUCAUUUUAGUAAUAAUUUCAGUUUUGAAAGUUAACCAGAAAGAAGACUUCCUGAAUCGGAGACAUCUGGAGCUAACAAAGGAAGAUCCUAUUAGCAAUGUUAACUGCACCAAGAUUAUUGAGGGGGAUAUAGAAGAAAUACAAAAGGUACAGCUUGAGGCAUUAUCAGUGUCGUUUAAGAAACGCCCCAGAUUAACAACAGAUGAUUAUAUUAACAUGACUGCAGACUGUGCCUCCUUCACCAAGACUAGGAAAUACAUUAUGGAGCCUCUCAGUAAUGAAGAAGCAGAAUUUCCAAUUGCUUACUCAAUAGUUGUUUAUCACAAAAUUGAGAUGCUUGAUAGACUUCUAAGAUCAAUCUACGCUCCACAGAAUUUUUACUGCAUUCAUGUAGACAAAAAGUCUCCAGAAUCCUUUUUUGCUGCUGUGAAGGGAAUAGUCUCAUGUUUUGAUAAUGUCUUUAUUUCCAGCCAGUUAGAAAGUGUGGUAUAUGCUUCAUGGAGCAGAGUGCAGGCGGACAUUAACUGCAUGAAAGAUCUCCACAGAAGAAGUUCAAACUGGAAAUACCUAAUAAACCUGUGUGGUAUGGACUUUCCUAUAAAGACAAACCAGGAAAUAGUAGAGAAAUUAAAAGCCCUUAAGGGUGAAAACAGCUUGGAAACAGAAAAAAUGCCAGUUUAUAAAGAAGUAAGGUGGAAAAAACACCAUGAGAUUGUUGAUGGUAAAAUAAAGAACACAGGCAUAGACAAACAGCUACCACCUCUCAGUACUCCAGUUUUUUCUGGCAGUGCUUAUUUUGUAGUUAGCAGAAGCUUUGUAGAAUAUGUACUAGAAAACAGCAAAAUACUUAAGUUCAUUGAGUGGGCGAAAGAUACUUACAGCCCAGAUGAGUACCUGUGGGCAACAAUUCAGAGAAUCCCUGAAGUCCCAGGUGCAUUUUCUUCCAGUGACAAGUAUGACGUUUCUGACAUGAAUGCACUGGCCAGAUUUGUCAAGUGGCAGUACUUUGAAGGUGAUGUGUCCAAAGGUGCACCCUACCCACCAUGCAGUGGAGUUCACAUUCGCUCUGUCUGUGUUUUUGGAGUAGGAGACUUGAACUGGAUGCUACGAAACCACCACUUAUUUGCUAAUAAGUUUGACACUGAUGUCGACCCUUUUGCAGUGAAGUGCUUGGAAGAGUAUUUGCGGCACAAAGCUCUGUAUCUGCAAAAGAACUGAAACGUAUGCUCCUGUUAGGUAUUUAUACAAAGGUGCAAAUACCCUACUGCGACAUACUUUAACGUGUUACAGCAACGGUGGUGAUGCUGAUAAUGGGUAUAAUGACUCUCACCAUGUUGGUGUGGUGGUGCUCAUGCCCUGCCUUGUCCAUGGACAAGGGGGAGAAAAAGAAAUGUCUCAAGUAUGCCUUGUGGCAUACUGAGGCUUGGAGCUUUAGGUACAAAAUCAGACAGCAGUUUUUGGAAAGCCAGUUAUUUGGAAUAUUUAUUAUCUAGAAGGCAUAAUUAAUGGACUUCCUUUGGUUAAACUGUUUUAAGGCAUAGAAAAUGCAUAUUGUUCAUGGUUAUUCUCAUUUUUUAUUUUUUUUUCCCAUGAAUGUAAUGCUAGUUGGAAGAGAUAGAUGAGGGGGUGGGGUAAAAAGCAGCUGGACUGCACUUCAUAUUAAGUACUGAAAGAUCUCAGGAAUAUAACAUUAGAAAUUAUCUAAAAGCUGUGCAAAAGGGGAUAUGCAAAGCCAGCUAUUACCAUUUUACUUAGAUCUGUUUGCUGCAGUUCUCUUACAUGAAAUUGUUAAUCCUCUUGAAAAUUUUGUCUUCAGCAUGGAGUAUUAAGGAAUUCAAAUCUUUAUUUUGUAUUCUUAAAGCACCCUGAUAUUGUGAUAUAUAUUGUGUAGGUACUUUAUACACUAGUUAGUAAUUACAUCUUCUCAGGGAAACUUCAGUUUUGUGCCUGAUGAGAUUUUAGACUUGUAAUUUUACAUUUCUUACUGUAUGGGGAGUUUUGCUUUUGUAUCCAAAAUCACUCAAGCUUCUCAAAACUUAAAGAACUGCAGUAGUGUCUAAAUAUUACUGAUGGAGCUGCUGGUUUCUGCUUUCUGUUAAGCUCAACUUGUAUUCCAGAUUAUUUUAACACUAACUUUGGAAAAAAUAAAAUUAUUUUUUUAAAUUAUAUUGUCUCUUCGUACAAUUAGAAGUUGUAA